AUGGGGAGUGCAGGAAGGAAGUGGGAUGGGCAUUUCAUUAGAGAAUGCCCAUUGCUUUCGGAGAACAACAGAAGGCCCAACCCACCCCAAAACUUUAGGCCGAAUAAUCAGGGCAACAAUCAGCGGAGGAAUGUACCUGCUCGGGUGUUUGCUUUGACACCGGGAGAAGCUGAGGACAAGGAUGAUGUCAUCACAGGAAUUAUUCCCUUAUUUCUCAAUAAGGCUACUGUUUUAUUUGACUCGGGGGCUACCCACUCUUUUAUUUCAAUGGAUUAUGUUAAAUUGUGCCCCAUUGAUGCUGAUGAGAUGGACUGCAAUUUGAGGGUCUCUACCCCAACUGGUGAUAUAGUGACUUGUAACAAGAUUUUACUCAAGUGUCCAAUAACUAUUAGCGGGAAGGAAAUGCCAGCUAACCUGAUAGUCUUUCCUAUGACUGGAUUUGAUGUAAUUCUGGGGAUGGAUUGGUUAGCUUCCAGUUAUGCUAGUAUUGAUUGUUUUAAAAGGGAAGUGGUGUUCAAGUUCCCGGAAGAAGAGGAACUUCGAUUUAUGGGUUCCAAGGUGUUUGGCUUUUGUGGUGGAUGA